UUAAAAAUUUUAAAAAACGAACGAAUUUUUAUUUUUCCGAAAAAAUUUCUUCAUUAUUCUGACGUCACAGCCACGUCAUCCAAUAAGAUCGCGAGUUCGAAUUUUCUAAUGUGUUUUGUUUAGUAUUGUUUAUCAGUGAUAAGGAAAUUAUAGAAACUUGUAUUUCAGUCAUUUUAGCUCUAACGAACGUUGUUCGAUGCGAUGAAUUUGUAGCCAUCGUAGUGUGCUUUUGAUAUGCUACUGUGUGUUUGAAUCAUGAAGUGGGCUCUUUACUCGACCGUCGUACUUGCUACGGUGUUUUGUACGGUCAAAAGCUUCAAUCAGUUUAUCACCGAGUCCCAGGGGAACUUUCUAUUCCAGUUGGAAGGUAAAGUGGACGACAGUAAUUCCAACAUUAAAGACGUCGAUCUAUUCAACAAUGGUAAAAUAUAUCCCAGAAUCAACAGCCUCGUACUGAAAGAUUACUUCAGGUUUUACAAGGUUAAUUUGAACAGAAAUUGUCCAUUUUGGAAAGAUGGAAGUCAUUGCGCUAUGCGUUAUUGCCAAGUGGAGUCUUGUAACGAGGAAUCGGUUCCGGCUGGUUUGAAAAUACGACGGAAAACACAUCACGAAAAUGAAAAUAGGUCUUUGAAGUAUCUGGAAUCUAGUCAAGAAAUAGAUUGCGAUGAUCAUGAGUCAUCGAAUAAUGAACUUGGUUAUUUGAACACGACCAUCAGCGCUUCAAAUAUGGAAGAUUUUGCUCUAUGGCAAGCUUACGACGAUGCCCAAGAUUUAUAUUGUACCCUACCCGAUGAAGAUGGCGAAGCUCAAUAUGUUGACUUGCAGUUAAACCCCGAACGUUACACAGGCUACAAGGGUAACCAUGCUCAUAAAGUUUGGAGAGUCAUUUACAAAGAAAAUUGUUUUAGACCAGAGAACUUGUUUGAUGCUUACGUAAGCUCGUCAAAAUUGAAUGGAAUGUGCAUAGAAAAGAGAACCUUCUAUCGAGCUGUCUCUGGGUUACAUACCAGCAUUAAUAUUCAUUUGAGCGCCAAGUAUUUAUUAUCAGAUAAAAACAGCAACCUGCUGGCCUCCUGCGGAUCCGGAACGUGGGGUCCGAAUAUCGAAGAACUAAAUCAGAAAUUUUCUCCCGAUUUCACCAAUGGCCAGGGCCCAGAUUGGAUUCGUAAUUUGUAUUUUUUGUACUUAGUCGAACUACGAGCCCUAGCCAAAGCUUCCGUCUACCUGGAACAAGAAGAAUAUUACACUGGUAAUGAAAAAGAAGACGUAGAAACACAUACAGCUGUGAAGAACUUUUUACAGAUAGUCAAAUCGUUCCCGCAUCAUUUCAACGAAAGCGCCAUGUUCAGCGAAAGUUUCUAUGGAAAGUCGUUGAAAGAAGAGUUUCGUAAACAUUUUCGAAACAUUUCAUCGAUUAUGGAUUGCGUCGGAUGUGAUAAAUGUAAACUAUGGGGUAAACUUCAGGUUCAAGGUCUAGGUACCGCUUUUAAAAUCCUAUUCUCUAAGAAGUUGGAUAACCUGUUGGCUCCUGCGAACAACAAUAAAUUCGUCCCAUUUAGUAAAAAGAACUUUCAACUUGAAAGAAGCGAAAUCGUCGCGUUGUUUAACGCAUUCGCAAGAUUAUCGACGAGUAUCUACGAACUUGAAAAUUUUCGAAAUAUGAUGAGGUAGCUGUGAAACAAGAAAAGAAAUAUGUACAGGUUUGUUUUCGUUUAGGAAUUGUUGAUGUUACAUCACACCGACCGUGUAUGACACGAUGGACGACUGAUAAUGUUUAAGAGUUUCAUUUAUUUUUAUUUCGAACCUCAUCCGUGUUCGAAAUCCCCACGAAAUUCGAAUCAUCGGUGCUUCGAAUGCAUUUAAAUUAUUUAUUUUACGUGCAAAAUCACGUACCUAGGUAUUUAUUGUACUGUGUGUUUUUUUCGAGUGUGAGAUGAUUUUUGUUUCUAUCUCGAUGACGAAAUUGGCGAACAACUCGUCGAUUAGGAUUGUAUUUUUUAAUAUCGCGUGCAAACGGAAUUUAAAAAUCCAGCGUGUGAUUAGUUUGUGUAGAAAAUGCUCAUGACAGGGGGUUCCCAUUAUUAUACCGAUAACGUAUUAUUUUUUUUUUUCGUUGAUUAGAAUAGAAUAGAAAUUUAUCUAAUCAUCAUCUCGAGUGGGGAAUAGUAAAUGAACAAAGUUUUCAUUUUUACGAACAAUUUUGUUUCUGUUUCGUCGUUAAUUAAUUCGUUAAUGUUUUAAAUUAUUUUUAUUUUAUGGCGAUAUAAAUUCACAUAUCAGUUUUGAUAUUCGAAUUCGAUGUGGUAUUUCUAGAAGGGGAGGGGGAACUGAAGUUUUCACCUUUGUAGGGUAUAACCCUUGAUAUUGCAGAUAAUAACAUUGCUUUUUUAAAUGGAUUGAUGGAUUAAAAUGCCAGUCGUAUUAUUGGUGGAAUUUUUUGUUCUGGAAUUGAAGUGUUGACAGUUGGCAACAUUGUGAAAAAAUUGCUGAUCAUGUUGAAGGUAUUUUUAUGAAUUUUCUCUCAAGUUUCAACCGAAAGAAUAAAAAUUUUUGAAAAUUCAUGCGUUGAUGAGAUUGGUACUUAUUCAAAUUGAAUAAUUUUUUUUUGGUGGGGGGGGGGGCUUUACUUUCAAACUUGUUGUUCAUUGAAAAAAUAACUCAUUGUUGCCAACUUUUAAGCAUACAAUAAUAUUCAAUAUUUAAUUCAUCAACCAUUCGAUUAGAGUCUUAUUUUGGCACAAUUCUUUCUUCUUUCUAACGAUGUUACAUAAUGUAGAUUUUUUGUACAUUUGAUCAAUCGCGUUUGAUUUACCUACUUUUAUCGCUUUUUUCUUUCAUAUUUUUUUUUUCUUCAAUUAUCAUUAUAAUAUGAAAUGAACUCGACAAUUAAGUAAUAAGUACAUCAAAUUUUGCUGCUUGCUGCUGAUAGAACAGCAAUCGACUCAUGGAAUCAUGUACUCAGAUAAUCAUAAAAUGCAAUCGCAAGUAUUAUGUAAUAAUUUAUGAAGUAUUUUCUUUCUUCUUUUUUUUUGUACGAAUUAUGGUGUGAAGCUAGCGUUAUUUUUAUUUAUAGGUAUUAUAUUUUUCUGUUCUAUCGAGUUGAAUAUGUGAUUUUAAUUUUUUCUCUUUUUCUUUUUCAUCUCUCUUUAUUUAUUUGUUUAUCAAGGUAUUUAUACAAGAUGACAAACUGGUAUAAUUAUGUAUAUUCGUAUUGUUUUUUUGCUUUUCGAUUGCGUAAGCAUUCAACUUGUCCAUUUUGAAUCCUCUCAGUCAAUAUUAAUUUUAGUGAUUCGAAAUCCGAAUACUGUAGAUGGAAGUUUUUUUUUUUUUUUUUUUGAAGUCUAUCCUAAGCAGUUACCAAUAGAACGAAGUUUUCUCACAUUUUAUCAGUAUUACUGUUGAACGAAUCACGUUCAGUAUUGUGUAGGAUUUCACCUGCAAGGGAAUGGAAAAAUUUUGAAACUUGAGCAAUCGUUUAAUGUUAGAAAAUCAUCUUAGAGAAUUUUUACUAUGAAAAAUAAACCUGUAAUAGUUCCGACCCAUUAAAUCGUUUGACGAAUAAUUUUUAUUUACCUAAUUCUAAGGUGUUGGUUGAUUUGAUUUUGUCCCUAUUUUAUGACGCGUGUUGAUGUAAAUUAUUUUGUGUUACGCGAGUUGUGUAUUGAAUAAUUAAUUAAUUUUUUUCCUCUUUUUAUUUUUCGUGUUAUUUAGUGUAGCACUGCAAUUAUGUAUGUUUGAUGUAAGUAUCAUGAUAAUUUAUUUUGAAACAUGUUUAUAUUUUUUGUUUUGUUUGAAUGUUUGUAUUAAAUGUUAUUUCACUCGA